UCACUCGGACACUCGCCUUAAUGAAACUACAUAUUAUCUGUGUGACCUUUGGCUUAAUUACACAUGAUAAAAUCCAAUUAUUUAUGAAUUUUCUUAUAUUCAUAUGACCACAUUUUGUGAUGUUUUUUCCCUUUAUUAAAAUGGAAGUUAUUGAUGAGAUUUCAAUUCAUUUCAAAGGAAGAACCCAGAAUGUCAUUGUCCAUUGUUCAAAAGCAAGAAUAAUUCAAAUAAGGCUACUCUAGGGGAAGAAACCUGAUCCACAAUCUCCUUUCAACCCAGGCAACACCUUUUCAAAACCUGCAUCCCUCCAUCAUCAUCUGUUUUUGUAUGUUUCCUCUAUGUAUUCCCGGCAUCAAUUUGUGUAGGAGUUUCUAUUACAAGCAAUGCAAUGUCCAGAAUCAAGGUCAGCAGCUCUUCUGUUGUUGUGCAAAACAUAGCAAGCAGUGUCCAGCUUCCCCUUUUGGUGUCACCCUGACAGAGGUCAAACUUUGUCAGCUGGUAUGCGUCUACAGUUUCAACAGCAGAAAACCUGAUUCUUUCCAGGUCUGCGAAGUCGUUCAGUGUUCAGACAGACCCUGUUGAAAAGCCUCCCCUGUGCUAUUCCAUUGAAGUUUACUCUGUCUACUUAGGAUUUUGUUGAAGUGGUGACCACCCGAAUUAUUUUAACCCUGACUCGAAACUCACCAUAAGCAAAUGACAACAUUCGAGAUUAAUAUAUCAUUGGAAAAGUUUCAUUAAUCUUGAAUCUUCGUCUCACCAUCGGUAGAAAUACAAUCUUGGUUUAGAAAGUCCAAACCCACCAUUGUUUUCUUUACAAUUAAAGUACUGCAUCUUUUAUGAUGCGGGUGAUGUCACUGCCGAUGUCGAUGGUGGCUUUUUGAAUCAGAAUGCCACCAUGAUGUUAUUAUGGAGGUCCUUCUAAACUCCUGCUGUGAUUGAGCAGAAGUCGAAGCUGUUACAAGAAAUGGCAAUGUAUUCAAGAUGAGUAGCAAUGGUGCAUUUUCAUACAAGUCUGGCUCUGUGUACAAUGAACUGCGUCUGCGACGAAAACUAAUUGAUGCUGUCAUCGUAGUUGACAAAGUUGAGUUUCACAUCCACAAGAUAGUCCUUUGCAACAGCAGCCUGUACUUUUUAGAACUUUUCCAGCAUCACUCAACCCCAGACCAGAAGUUCUAUGUCAUACAGGGUCUGACGCCAACCUUAAUGCAACUUCUCAUUGACUUUGUAUACACUGGCUCUAUGUCUGUGUCAGAGGAGAAUGUCACGGACUUGUUGAUAGCAGCUGAUAAGUUCACUAUAACAGGCAUCAUUCAGACCUGUUGUGCAUUUCUAACAGAGAAACUCUGCCCAGAGAAUUGCAUCAGCAUCUGGCAGCUCAGUAAAAAUUGCAACACCCCAGAACUGCAGCUCAAUGCCUACCACUAUAUCCUGUACCACUUUGAGGCCGUCGCAAGCUCAAAUGAGUUGCAGCAACUCUCCAUGCAGGAGUUCUGUAACCUCCUGGACAGAGAUGACCUCAUCGUAAAGGAGAAUACUGUUUGCGAUGCCAUCCUUCACUGGAUCGCACAUGCUCCUGUGGAGCGAGGCAAAAACAUGCAAGCGCUUCUGGCCAAAGUCCGUCUAGCUCUGACGAGUCAGGAGUUCAUCACCAUCAACGUGUUGACCAAUCAACUAGUGCAGAGUAGCACAAAAUGCCUAGAGAUGGUCAUAUUUGCCACCCGAGUGAUGCAAUACAUGAAAACCAAAUCCGUGUCUGGGUAUUCCACCCUGGUGGCCCGACCUCGCCUGCCUUCUGCCAUCCUUUUGGCAAUAGGUGGCUGGAGCGAUGCCAAUCCGACACACCUUAUUGAAGCGUACGAUGUGCAAGCUGAUUGUUGGGAAUAUUUAGUGGAACACAUGCAACAGCCCCGAGCGUACUGCGGUGCCGUCUUUCUCAAUGACUCCAUCUACUGCGUGGGAGGAUUUGACGGGGCAGAACACUACAAUACCGUCAGCCGGUUUGACCUGAAAAUGCACACUUGGCAGGAAGUGGCGCCCAUGCACUCUCGUCGAUGCUACGUGAGUGUGACAGUUCUAAAGGGCUCCAUCUAUGCAUUAGGAGGUUAUGACGGACGAUUACGACUCAAGACAGCAGAGUGCUACACGCCUGAGACUAACCAAUGGACUCUCAUUGCAAGCAUGCACGAACACAGGAGCAAUGCCAGCUGCACAACCCUCAAUGACAAGGUGUAUGUUUGUGGAGGUUUUAACGGAAAUGAGUUCUUGCGAACAGCAGAAUAUUACAAUCCAGAGACCAACGAUUGGACAGUGAUGACCCCCAUGAACAGCCGUCGUAGUGGCAUCGGAGUCAUUGGCUAUGCUGACCAUGUUUAUGCAGUCGGCGGAUAUGAUGGUGACGACCGCCUGGCUAGCGCCGAGGCCUACAACCCACAAACCAACAACUGGAUCUUGAUGCCCUCCAUGCAAUGCCCCCGAAGCAACUUUGGCAUCGAAGUGGUGGAAGAUCGCCUCUUUGUAGUCGGUGGUUAUAGUGGAGUCUCCACCACCAAGCAAGUGGAGUACUAUGACCUCACCACUGGUCUGUGGUCUCCGGCCAGCGACAUGAGGAUCUCACGAAAUGCCUUGACUUGCUGUGUGAUGUCCGGAUUUCACAAUGUGACUCACUACGCAAUGCAGCGUAACAUGUUUCCAGUGCUCCCCUUGGAGAAUGAUUUGGAAAUGGAGGAUGAUUUCUAGAACCUGGAGAGAUGCCGACCUCGGCAAGUUUGAUAGAAACCAGAAACAAAUAAAAAUGAAAGUAUCUGCAAUUUUUGAUAGACAUUGUUAUUUUGAUUUGCUUCACACUGUUGCUAUUUUUUUUGUUUUCUCUCAUCUUAGUUUUGAAGUCGUUUGAGAUAAUGGACAAUGUCAGGGAUAAGGGUGGAUGAGCGAUCGUCCUCCGCAGAAGACUUUUACAUUUCGGUCCAAUCGUUUGCUCUCCAAUCAUUAUGUCUCCCAUGAUAGGCUGCUGUCGAUUAAUGUGUAUUGGUCAUCAUUUGAGAAACAUGUUAGAAGGAAAAUUAGAAUGUUAUCUAAUUAUGUGAUGGCAUUGAAUCUUGACUUGGUAGACCUGACUAUUCCUGCUAACAUGGGGCGAAAUAGAUAUGCCAUUAGGCCUGUGGUGAUCUCAACAUCGUCAGGAGCACUGACCUCCAUGAACUCCCUCAAUUCUGUUUAAUGAAAUUUAGUCUCAAGUCUGUUUUCUUCAUUUCGUAGCACUUUCCAUGCCGUUUAGUUGGUAAGAUGAUUUGAUGAGCAAAACACAUCUCCAGUGAUCUGGACACAAUACAUUGAAUAAUCUGCAUCUCUGAAAGUACGACAUAUUUUAUUGUUUCUUUCCAUGCUAUUCAAUCGCAGGUGUCAAACUCAGGUCGUUGAAGGCCAGAUUCCUGCACAUUUUAGACGUUACGCUCUCCAACACAAUUCAAAUGAUCAGCUAAUCAGCAAGCUCUGCAGGAGCCUAACAAUGAUUCUGAAAAUUUGAAUGAGGUGUGUUGGAGGAAGGAAAUUAGUCUGAGAUAAUCAUUGAUUUUGAACUGCUCCAUAAUAGCUGUAGUAAUUAAUGCAUUUUUGUAUAGUAUUCAAGGUUCCUACAAUUGCAACGUGAUAGUGGUGUUAAGAGUUGGAUUAUAUCGGGUAAAACCCUACUGAAGGCAAAGCUACCAAAUAAAAGGCCUACCAUUGCUGGAAUGGUCACAAGUAGAACCCA